AUGUCUCCAAAAUGCCCAGACAGACUGCUACCAGAGAUUCAAUGGAUGCAUCCGAAACACUAUGUUGAUUACGGGAAGAAGCUCAAUCUUAAUCAGAUUGGAGCAACUGUCCCAGCUACAGCUACAGUUCCAGGAACUUCUCCAGCGACAAGUGUUAUCACUGGUACAACAUUGAGUGUUGCAGGUAGUGUUAACAUACCUUUGCGACUUGCUGGUACUACAGGUAAUCAAAUGAUACAAGUUCCUACUGGUAAUCAAAUGAUGCAAGUUCCUUCGGGAAUGCAGCUCAUGCAGAUUCCAACUCAAGGUGGCGGCACUGUUACUGUCCCUUACUCUAUGAAUGCUAACGGCGGUGAAAUUGCGUUCAGUGGAAUGCAACUCAGCCAACAAGGCUUCAGUGGUGCUCAAGUGCGCCAAGGAUUUGAUGCAACUCAAGCUCGAACUCCGCAGGUUGUGAAGACUGGCUAUUUUGAUACGUCAAAUGUCUUUCACGAUGCUAUCAAGGGAAAGGAUGAGAAUGGCAAUGAUGUCUAUCUUAUUCCAUGUCCUACUGGAACGACUAAUGUUGAACUUCAAUCCGACUGUCACUAUGCUAGUUAA